AUGUUUCUUUCUUUCUUUCUUUCUUUCUUUCUUUCUUUCUUUCUUUCUUUCCACGUCUUCUUCGUCUUCUUUUACUUACUUUUUCUUUUUUCUUCUUUCUUUUUUCCAAAUCUCCUUUUUUUUUACUUUUGCUUACCUUUUCUUUCUUUCUUCUCAAAUCCUUAUCCUCUUCUUUUACAUUUUCUUACUUUCUCUUUCUUUCUUUUGCAUACCUUAUCUUUCUUUCUUUCUUUCUUUCUUUCUUUCUUUCUUUCUUUCUUUCUUUCUUUCCACAUCUUCUUCCUCUUCUUUUACUUUUACUUAUUUUUCUUUCUCUUUCUUUUUUUUCCAAAUCUUCUUUUUUACUUUUGCUUACAUUUUCUUUCUUUCUUUCUUUCUUUCUUUCUUUCUUUCUUUCUUUCUUUCUUUCUUUCUUUCUUUCUUUUCUGUCCUCUUCGAAAAGAAGAGGAACAACGAACAAAUGAACAGCUAAGCUAUCGAAAGUUAAAAAUUAAAUGA